UAGUCUGAAGAACAUUGAUCGUCUCUCUCCUUGUACAGUGCCCCCUUUCCAAAACCCUAAAUUCCAAAAUUCAAUCCACAGAAAUUUUGUAAUUUCGAGUUCAGUUUCCAAGAAAAAACAUUUUUUUCUCUUACCCAUGGCAGAGGAAGUUCCAGCAGCAGCAUCUUUCACUCCCUACGUUCACUCCCAAACCCUAACUCCCCACGAGCGCGCCGUUUCCUCCGUAAAAUUCUCCUCCGAUGGCCGCCUCCUCGCUUCCGCCUCCGCCGACAAAACAAUCCGCACUUACGCUAUCAACGUCGACGGAGAUUCCAUCGCCGAGCCCGUGCGAGUAUUCACCGGCCACGAGUACGGCAUCUCCGAUGUCGCCUUCUCUUCAGACGCGAGGUUUAUCGUCUCAGCUUCCGAUGACAAAACCCUAAAGCUUUGGGACGUUGAAACCGGUUCACUGAUCAAGACGCUUAACGGGCACACUAACUACGCCUUCUGCGUCAACUUCAACCCUCAAUCGAACAUGAUUGUCUCUGGUUCCUUCGACGAGACUGUUCGGAUCUGGGAUGUGAAAACCGGAAAGUGUUUGAAAGUUCUUCCCGCGCAUUCCGAUCCCGUCACCGCCGUCGAUUUCAAUCGCGACGGGUCUCUCAUUGUUUCGAGUAGCUACGAUGGGUUGUGCCGCAUUUGGGAUUCAGGGACUGGGCAUUGUGUGAAAACCCUAAUCGACGAUGAGAAUCCUCCUGUUUCCUUUGUUAGAUUCUCUCCCAACGGCAAAUUCAUCCUCGUUGGCACACUCGAUAACACGCUGAGGUUGUGGAACAUUUCUUCGGCUAAAUUCCUCAAGACAUACACUGGCCAUGCGAACUCUCAGUACUCCAUUUCCUCUGCGUUCUCCGUCACCAAUGGAAAGCGAAUAGUCAGUGGAUCCGAGGACAAAUGUGUAUACAUGUGGGAGCUGAACUCCAGGAAAUUGCUUCAGAAACUUGAGGGUCACACUGAGCCCGUCAUGAGCGUGGCUUGCCACCCAGCAGAGAACUUGAUCGCAUCAGGCUCGCUCGACAAGUCUAUAAGAAUUUGGACACAGAAGAAAGAAUGAAACAUGGCUCUCUCUUCAAAAUCCAUCCAUGUAAACAUACCUUCCUCUUCAUGUUGUGAUAAUCCAUUGUUAUUUCUUAGAUAAACCUUGUUAGUUAAGCUUCUUUAUGUCAACAUCCAAAUUUUGUCUGGUUUAGGGGAAGUGGAACAGUUGUGACUUAGAACUAUUUAGGCAUGUUUUAUGGCAGAGAAAAAUUCUUU